AUGCUGCCCCCGGCGCCCGCCAAGCUGAGCGACUGGGAGCUGGCCGACCUUCCCUUCCUGGCGGCCUACUUGCGGGACCGCCUGCGGCGCCACGACGACGAGGCGCCGCUGGGCGCGCCGGGCGCGGCUGAGCUGCUGCUCGAUCAGCUCGAAGAGGGGCUCCGCGCGCUGCACGCGCAGCAGGCCGGCGCAGGCGCGGGCGCGCCCGGCGGCGGCCCCGGCUGGCUGGCGCCGGCGCCGCCGCCGCAGCAGCUGCGACCGCUCGCGGCGGAGGAGCUGCCGCCCGGGUUCGAGGUGCACGUCCGCGCGUUUGUGGCGCCGGGGGAGCUGGUCGAGGCCUGCGCCACGGAGGGGCAGGGGGAGACGGAGGGGCGCAGCAUCAGCAGCCUGGCCGCGCUGGACGCGGCCGGGGGCGCGGGCGGCGUGGGCGGCGGCGCGGGGGCGGCCGGCAUGGGCGGGGGCGGCUAUGGCGGCGCCCGGCGCGCCAGCGGGGCCGGCGACGACGCGGUGGGGGCGGCGGGCGGGGGCGCGGCGCGCCAGAUGCAGCAGCAGGCGCGGGAGCAGCAGCAGCGGGAGCAGCAGCAGCGCAAGGAGAAGCAGAAGAAGGCCAGCAACCUCAGGAACAAGCUCUUCUCCAAGAAAUGA